AUUUCGAUUUCGUGUUACCUAACGUUUUAAGAGGCAAUUAAGAUCUCCGAUUUCUCAGACAGCACACUUUUCGCUUUCGGUUAAGUCUUCCCUUUUUUUAUGCCACUUGGAUCCACGGAGGUCAUUGUAAUUUUCUUGCACACGUACAGCAAUCACUGUCAUUACUAUAUGUAUGUAUACAUCCUGUUUGAAUACUUAUCCCUUCCUCGGAGCUAUUCCUUCGUACAACAUCGAAAACUCUGCUCGAAAAAAUAGUACCAAUCGAAGAAACAAUGGAGAAACGAAUAAGAGAGAUCGUUCUUUUCGUCUUUUUGACGGCGUUUGCAUGGGAAAAUUAUAUAUCGUGUAUAGAGAUUUCUUCACAGAUUGUAUUUGAUUCUCAAGAAAAUGAACGAGAUUCGAACGAUUUCUACUCGAAAGAUUCUCUUAAUUUAAACCAAGUUAACGAUCAAUUAGCAACGACUCGACAGAUUCCUAAAUCUUUCAUCUUCGCGAUAAACAGUGAGAAUGCAUUUAGAAUGUCGAAUAAAAAAAGGAGUCAUUUUAUACAAGAUGAUUCAACGAAGCAGCCAACUGUUAUUAAUAAUAUUCAAAUUAUCGUGAAUGAAAAUGGAACAAAGUCCGGCAUAGACGUAUGCAAAAAUGGGAUUUGUAACAUCUCAGUCUCGUCAAGACUCAAUAACGAAGGUAACAUUGUAACUGACGUUCAUCUUACCGUAAUAACAAAAUUAGAGGCUGAUUUAAAGACGAAUGAUAUUCCAAUUGUGGAUGGAGUUCGUGGUGUAGCAAAUACGUAUGAUCUUGGUCUUCGUCAUCUAAAUCGUUCACGUCCAUCGACAUAUUUAUACAAUACUCCACAGAUCCAAAGUCGUUACCAAGGCGGUGAACCUUGGUACCAAGGCCGAAGGAGUUUUCAAAGACCUCGAUUUAAACCUGUUGUUGACGACAAAAUAGAAUCGCCUCUUAGCAAAACUCAAUGGAACAAGGAAUAAAAAUCAAGAAAUUAUUAAUGUACGAUGUUCCUCUUGUGAACAAUAUCAUCGUGUUUAAUAAAAUAUAAAUAACGACUUUA